UAUGCAGAGGGUAGUUACGGAACUUCACAUUCCUUGCCGCCCCUUUCCCUUCUCAUUUCCCGCCAAAAUAUAGCUAAGAACAUUUUAGAGAGAGACAGUGUGUGAAAUCGGAGAAUCAAAUGGAUAUGGAGAUUCCAGAUGCAGCUGAGCUCGAAUGGCUUGAAGCCAACACCUCUUACCCUGACGAUGACCUCGAUUUCGAAGAUGAUUUUCCUCAACAACCUCCGUCCCCACCUUCAGAACCCGGAUCUGAGCCAAUUCCAUCCCAACCCGACCCGAAACCAACUCUCCCACUUCCGCCAAUACCCUCACUACCAAAACCCCAAUUUCAGAUCAGUGGUAAGAAACGGUUCCUGUCCGAUGAUUUAAAUGAAGUUGUCAUAACAGAGGAGAAGAGGAGUAGAGUUGAGAGAUUGGAGGAUAAUGAGGAUGAGGAUUGGCUUAGGUAUUCGCCUCCGAAGCAACCUGAGGAGGAGGAACCGGUGGUGCUGGUGGAACAGGAAGAGAAGAUUUUGGCGAAGUACGCCUUGGAGAUUGACGGGGAUUGUGUACCGGUGACCGGUUUGGAUGGUGAGAGGGUUUAUGCUAAGAUAUGUAGAGUUGAAAAUGAAAGGGUUAAGAAAUUGGAGGUUAAGGCCCGUGAUUCUAUUGGUCUUAUUCAGGAACCUGUCAGGGUCCUAAUGCAAAGAGUGGAACACGACCAAUUCACAAAGGCCCUGGAAGCUAGUUCUGAAGAUCUAAACGAAGCAAAUCUCCCAAUAGGAACUGUAGUGCAUGAGCAACUUUGGGUGGAUAAAUAUGCUCCUAGUUCAUUUACAGAGCUUCUCAGUGAUGAGCAAACAAAUCGUCAGGUAUUAAUGUGGUUGAAGCAGUGGGAUUCCUGUGUUUUUGGGGUUGAAAUUAAAAGUACUACAGAUGAUGUCUUGUCUUCUCUGAAACGGCAUUCGUCAGUUAUUCAACAUCCAAGACGUUCUUCUAGGAGUUCUUUUGGAAAUACCAGAGAACCCAGUAUAGACAAUGAGAGAGCUCAUAAUGAUUUGCAUCCAGAGAAUAGUGAUUCGAACGGAAUUAAGGACCUUUGGGACAAGAAGCACAGACAAGGCGGUCCUCCAGAACAAAAGGUCCUUUUGUUUUGCGGUCCUCCUGGGCUUGGGAAAACAACACUUGCACAUGUUGCUGCUCAGCAUUGUGGGUAUCGAGUGGUUGAGAUUAAUGCAAGUGAUGAUCGAUCAUCCUCCAGUAUUGAAGCUAAAAUACAUGAUGUUGUUCAAAUGAACUCUGUAAAUGCUGAUUCAAAGCCCAAAUGUUUGGUUAUUGAUGAAAUAGAUGGGGCUCUUAAUGAUGGAAAGGGAGCUGUAGAGGUCAUCCUAAAAUUGGUUUCUGCUGAAAGAAAAUUGGGUGCUAGCAAAGAAAAUGAACCUGAUGGAGGAAAUGCUGGGCAGAAGUCAUCAUCAAAAAAGAGGCACCAAAAAGCAUCCUUGCUAAGACCUGUUAUUUGCAUUUGUAAUGACCUUUAUGCUCCUGCCUUAAGGCCUUUGCGUCAGAUAGCAAAGGUUCAUGUAUUUGUCCAACCAACUGUAAGUCGUGUUGUUAACAGGCUCAAAUAUAUAUGUAACAAAGAAGGAGUGAAGACAAGCUCCAUCGCUCUUACUGCUCUAGCAGAGUAUACCGAAUGUGACAUAAGAUCGUGCCUGAACACCCUUCAGUUUCUUAACAAGAAGAAGGAGACUCUUAAUGUGUUGGAGCUCAGUUCUCAAGUUGUUGGACGGAAGGAUGCAGCAAGAAGUGCUUUUGAUAUUUGGAAAGAAAUUUUGCAAAAGAGGAAAGUAAAGCAAGCAAAGAAAUCUUUUAAUUGCUUCAGCAGUAUGUCGAAUGACUUUGAGACACUGCACUCUCUAAUAUCUCAUCGUGGUGACUAUGACUUAAUUUUGGAUGGGAUCCAUGAGAACAUUUUGCAACUCCAUUAUACGGACCCUGUGAUGCAAAAGACAGUCAAAUGCUCAGAUAUUCUUGGUUGCUCUGAUAUAUUUCAUCAAUACACGAUGCACACUCAACAUUUCUCCCUUCAAGUUUAUCAGCCUCCUCUUGCAAUAUCUAUACAUAGUCUCAUAGCUCAAAUUGGAAAACCAAAUAUUGAAUGGCCUAAGUCUUUCCAAAGAUAUCGAACAAUGUCAAUAGAAAAGAAGGAAAUCUUACAUUCAUGGAAGAACAAGAUAUCACCAUGCAUCUCUAGGCAUCUGUCAACUAAAUCCUUUGUGGAAGACUUGAUUUCUCCAUUCCUACAUAUACUGUCCCCACCAACACUGAAACCGGUAGCAUUGCAUUUACUCUCAGAGAAAGAAAAAACUGAUCUGGCUCAGUUAGUAAAUAUAAUGGUUUCCUAUGCCACGACAUACAAGAACAUAAAAUCUCAUCCUUCACUGGGUAUGCAAUAUGGUGCUUCAGACGCAUCAAUGCUUUCAUUGGAUCCCCCAGUUGGUGAAUUUAUGAACUUCAAGGGUUACAAUUCCUGUCAUCUUGUUCUGGCAUCGGCUGUGAAACUGGUCUUGGUACAUGAGGUGGAAAAGCAAAAAAUUUUGCAAGGAAGUAUCAACCUUCACUCACCACCCACAGGUGUGGAAAGUCAGGACGUUUUGAGGUGCGGGAAUAGCAGUACACCGUCUGAAGCAUCAGCUUCUUUGGAUAAAACAAUACAUUUAAGAGACCCCUCUAGGCAAAAGCAAUAUGACUUGCCUAGCACUUCUAGUCAGAAUAAACGAUCUAGUGGAGGUACCGCAGCUAGCGGAAAAAUGUGCUUGCCUGAAGGAAAGAAGAAACCUUUUGUCGAUUCUCGUUCCUUUUUUGACAGGUUUAGGAAGCCAAGUGGCAAAGCUACUCAAGAUAUGAAUGAUGCUAAACCUGGACCAAAAUCGGAGAGGGAUUCACGGCCUUUGCUAUUUAAAUUUAACGAGGGGUACACCAAUGCAGUCAAGAGACCAGUAAGAAUUCGCGAAUUUCUUCAGUAAUAUAAGUGCUGUAUUAUACUGUUAAAGUGUUUUUUUUUUUAAUAUAGCAGUUAAAUGUAGAUUAAUAUGCUUCUAGGGUAGAAAAAAGCAGAACUCCCGCCAUGUAUUUCAUGCAGUAAAACAAAUUGUCAAUGCAUCAAACCUGUACAAAAAUUACAGUGGAAAGAUAUCUUAAUAGUUUAUGAUC